CGGGUCCAGAAGAGGCUCCAGGCUGAGUAUUCGGACUCUUGGAUGCCCACAGCAAGUCACCCUGCCUCUCCCAGCAGUACUCCCGGCAGCUCCUGAGAUGAACAAGCUGCGCCAGAGCUUCCGACGGAAAAAGCAAACCUACGUCCCCGAAGCCAGCCGGCCCCAUCAGUGGGGGGCCGACGAGGAGGCCGUCCGGAGGGGCAAAUGCAGCUUCCCAGUGCGGUACCUGGGCCAUGUAGAGGUGGAGGAAUCGCGAGGCAUGCACGUCUGCGAGGACGCCGUGAAGAAGCUGAAGCUGCUCGGUAAGAAGUCAGUGAAGGCCAUUCUUUGGGUGUCGGCAGACGGUCUGCGUGUGGUGGAUGAUAAAACCAAGGACCUGAUUGUGGAUCAGACCAUCGAGAAGGUGUCGUUCUGCGCCCCCGACCGUAACUUCGACAAGGCCUUCUCCUACAUCUGCCGGGACGGCACCACCCGCCGCUGGAUCUGUCACUGCUUCAUGGCGCUGAAGGAUUCGGGGGAGCGUCUGAGCCACGCCGUGGGCUGCGCCUUCGCCGCCUGUCUAGAGCGCAAGCAGAAACGCGAGAAGGAGUGCGGCGUGACCGCCUCGUUCGAUGCCAGCCGCACCAGCUUCGCGCGAGAGGGCUCGUUCCGCGUGACGUCCGCUUCCCAGCAAGCCGAGCGCGAGGAGGUCAUGAAACAUCUUCAGGACAAAAAGAAAGCGGAAUCUGCGCAGAAUACGCCUUCAAACGCACCGGCGGUGGGAGCGGGAGCGGGACCCAGCGCGGCGGUACCAGCGCAGCCCGAGACCCAGUCGCCCCCGCAGUGCGCGGCGGUCCCCGGCGAGAAAGGAGAGGCCGGGGGGCAACACGCCAUCCCCCGUCGCCACGCGCCCCUGGAGCAGCUGGUGAGGCAGGGCUCGUUCCGCGGCUUCCCCGCGCUCAGCCAGAAAAACUCUCCCUUUAAACGCCAGCUCUCCCUCCGCCUCAACGAGCUGCCCUCCACCCUGCAGCGAAAAACCAACUUCCAGGACAAGAACCAAGUUCCGGAAUUAGAGACGUCGGUUCUCCAAGAAGCUGACGGGAUCACCGAUCUCUGCAACCAGAUAAACAACUCCUUCACCAACAAAGCCGCCGAAGACCCCUUUAUCAAUUCCAACGGAACGAGGACCCCCACUACGGUCCCCAGUCUCCCUCCCCCACCGCAGGUCACGCAAGGUGCCCCCGGCUGGGCAGAACCGGCAGUGACCACAUCCGCCCCGUCGAACUUCCAGAUGGGACAUCGGCGGACGCCAUCGGAGGCCGAGCGUUGGCUGGAAGAGGUGGCGAAGGCGGCGAAAGCCCAACAACAGCAACAGCAGCAGCAACAACAACCAGCGCCUCCCUCCCAGCCUAUGGUCCCCAUGUCCGUGCCGGUAGCGGCCCCCAUGCAGGCAUAUCCGGUACCGUAUGAGGCGGCUCCUCCGCAGGUUGGCAUGUUUAUCGCACCUCACAUGCAGCCUGCCUACGUACCCAUAGGUGGGUAUGCGCCAGCCAUGGCCAACAGCAUGCCUUACCCUACUCCUAGUGUUCCUGUAGUGGGCAUCACCCCUUCGCAGAUGGUGGCCAAUGUCUUCUGCUCGGCCACCCAAGUACCAUCUUCCAACAUGGCCAGCAAAGCCAACCCGUUUCCUCCGGGCAGCUGCCAUCCCACCACCGCCAGUGUCCAGAACCCUACCUCGUUCCAACCCACUCAGUUGGGACCAAAGGCGCAUGCCGCCACCAACGGUACUACGUGGCCCCCGGACCCCAGCCAGCUAAGACUGGCGUCCACCGCACAGGAGGUAGACCAGUUUGAAGCUCAGUGGGCCGCCCUGGAGUCCAAGUCCCAACAACGGUUGGCCAACCCGUUCUCCAACGAACUGCAGAAGACCUUCCAGAUAGAAUUGUAGCCAACGCGGCCCACCUGGAAACGAAAAACUCGAGUUCAGGUUCAGCGAGCAGAUCGUCCGCGGCCAGUAAGACUUCUCCCGAGCGGCGAGCC